AUGCGGGUCACCGACGGGCACUCGCUGGGGGAGGAUGCGGCCGCCGUCGUGGGGCAAGCGGUGAGCCUGGCAGCGCGGCGGGGGCACGCGCAGGUCACCCCGCUCCACAUCGCAAGCGCAAUGCUCUCGUCCCCGGCGCCGGCAAGCAUUCUUCGCGCCGCGUGCAUCAGGUCCCAGUCCCACCCCUUGCAGCACAACUUGCUCGACCUCUGCCUGGACCUCGCGCUCGGCCGACUCGCCGUGACCGUGGCCCACCACGGUGGCGACCCGGUGCCGUCCAACGCGUUUGUCGCCGUACUGAAGCGGGCGCAGGCGCGCCCGUACCGGCGGACGGGCGGGGCCGGGGGAAAGGUCGAGCUUGAGAAGCUCGUCGUUUCCGUCCUCGACGACCCCAGCGUCGACCGCGUCAUGCGAGCGGUCGGAUUCUCGAGCUCCCAUGUCAGGGACAGCGUCGUCGCUUCGUUGGAGGAAUCAACUGGGGCAGGUUGCGACGUCGUCGCGCGUUCUCCAAAUCCGGUUGCCGACGGGAUUAUCGCCGGAGGAGGGCAACCAUGUCUCCAGACCGUCCCGGUCGGAAGUGGGUGUCAAGCUAGCAAAGCAAAAUCAGGAGUAGCGCGACCGGCCACCUUUGACGGCACCGAGCCAGAGAAAACGACGGCGAACAUUCCUCCGUGGCUCCGCCGCUUCAAAGAUAAAACUCCUAUCAGAUUAACCUACAGCGGCACCAGUCUUCAAGCAGACGCUGCUUGCCGCCGGCGGAAGUUCACAGAGCUCACCGCAACAAAUCUCAAGAUCCUCUGUGACGCGCUCGAGCUGCGUGUUCCGUGGCACGGGAACAUAGUCCCCAGCAUAUCGACCAUAGUACUCCGGUGCCGAUCCGGCGUGACGAGGACUAAGCCGUCUGGCACGUCGUCCUCGACCUGGCUGCUCUUCCUAGGAAGGGAUGGUGGCGGCAAGAUGGCGGUUGCUCGGGAGCUCGCGAGGCUCGUGUUUGGCUCCUACGCCGAGUUCACCGCCCUGCAGGUGCAGGGUAACGCCGACAUUCCCGCACACGGCAGCAAGCUUGUCCUCAAGAGGCCGAGAUCAACGGACACAGACAACGACGGCGACCUCAUGGCGAGGCUGUUCGAAGCGGUCAGGGAGAACCCUCACCGCGUUAUAUUAAUCGACGGCGUCGACCGACUGGAUUGCGACUCGGAGAUGCAAAUCAAGAACGCCGUCACGGGUGGAGGAAUGGUAAGGGGAUGCAAUGGCGACGUGGUCGGCCUGGAGGAUGCCAUCAUAGUGUUGAGCGCCUCUGACGUCUUGGACUCGAGAUAUCUGGCUUCAUCUUCCUCUCCACGGGUGAAGCGACGCUUUAGCAGACAGAACCGUGAGGAAGGUGGCGCCAUGGAGAUGGAAGUGAGAUCUCGUCAUCGUCAAGGCUUGGAUUUGAACGUUUGUACGGUGGAUGAGGAAGACAGUUUGGCUGAUGAUGACGGGAUCCUAAAUGUCGUGGAUGGUGUUUUCCUUUUCAAUUAGCAGGGAUUAUUUUUCUCGUACCAUCAUCCUAGGCAUUUCGAACGGUUUUGAAUUGUUAGAUUUUGCCUUCAGAAUUUAUUGUUUCAAAUUAAGGAGAUUUUUUUUCGCUCCCCAUUUUAUUUCAGAAAACCAUAACACAACAAUGUU